UGCCACCACCACCACCACCACCACUAGCAACGGGCCACCAUCGUUGGUACCGAGUCUGAUCAAGCAAGAACAGGGGCCACUCCUACCUCCAGCAGCAGCAGUGGCAACAAAGCGACAACAGCACGACGGCAACAGCCAUUAUGAGCAUCACCCAUUACAGACUCGACGCAAAACAGUACAACCGCAGCGGUCACCCACACGGGCUGCAGGCGAUCAAAGUAUCGUGUUUCAGCUUGAUCUUGAAUCGCAUGCUUUUGCACCACCGCCCACCAAUGAUACCAUUCUGUCCACGCUGCGCAAACGCGUACUACUUGAGCGCAAACACCAAUGUCAGGAGAAACAACAGGAGCUGCUGCCGAUGCAUCAGAAAAGAGCGAGGCUUUAUAAGCCCCAGAAACGUCUGGUGACACGAAUCGAAGUCCCUAUGAAGAAAGUCCCGCCGCCACCUGCCACCACAUCAGCAACAACAACAACAAACGCAGUAUCAUCAUCGUUAGCAUCGUCAUCAUCCAAGCGCUCACUUACUUCCACUUCGUCUGCCCAAAACCCUCUGCAGCAACACCAACACCAGCAGCAGCAGCAGCAGCAGCCACCUGGAACAGGUAGACCUGCCCGAACCAAAGGCCCCUGUCAAGCAUGUCACGAAUCAUCCGACGGCUGUAUGCGGAAAGCAUUCAACUGGCCAUUCCCUUCCAACGCUGUAUUCAAUGACAAAGGACGGCCCUACGUUUAUCUGUGCAACAAGUGCGGGCUAAGGUACAACAAGAGUGGUGGAUGCGUGUGUCGCAACUGUCGAUGGGUGCUUUGCAAAGACGAGAAGAGAAAUGCAUCGCAGCAUAUCGCAUACAUGCGCCGGGGCAGGCCCGAAGGCCGAGUUGGCCCAGAUGAUGACAUUGUCGACUUUGUCUGUUCGCCAAAGUAUUGGUCCUGCGGACGGCCCUGGAAAGUGGGCUGGAUUCCACAAGGCGGCGAGUUUGACGAAGAAGGCGAUGUCUCGGUGGAAGAGGACGAUGAUGAGCGUCCCUUAUUUACUCAUGCCACCAACAACAAUAACUCAUAACCUCGAUCUGCCAUGUCUUCUUACCAUCUGUACAUAUGCUCCCUUCUUUCUCUAUUAUGAACCUAAAAUUCUGGUGAUCUGUGAUGACAUAUAAAAAAACAUAUCAAGCGUUUCCAG